CCAGCCCCAGGAGUCCCAGGUGUUCCCAUUCUGUGAUCAGCACAGAACACACACAGCUCACCAUGGAGUUUGUGCUGGGCUGGGUUUUCCUGGUUGCUCUUUUAAAAGGUGUCCAGUGUGACGUGCAGCUGGUGGAGUCUGGAGGAGACCUGGUGAAGCCUGGGGGGUCCCUGAGACUCACCUGUGUGGCCUCUGGAUUCACCUUCAGUAGCAACAGCAUGAGCUGGGUCCGCCAGGCUCCAGGGAAGGGGCUGCAGUGGGUCGCAUAUAUUAGUGGUAGUGGAAGUAGCACAGGCUACGCAGACUCCGUGAAGGGCCGAUUCACCAUCUCCAGAGACAACGCCAAGAACACGCUGUAUCUGCAGAUGAACAGCCUCAAAACCGAGGACUCGGCCACAUAUUACUGUACGAGAGACACGGUGACGGGACCUCACUGGGAGCCCACACACAAACCUCCCUGCAGGAGGGGAUCAACACCACCAGGGGGGCGCACACUAUGCAUAAUUCUCCUUUGUGUUCCCAGGAGCAGAUGGGCCAAUGGCUUGGACGCAGACAGGGUGAAAGCAAUUCUGACAGAAGCCUGGGACCCACAAGUGUUCUCUCUGUGUGAGGGCUUCCUGAACAGGGGAGGCUGGGAACUCCAACUCCAGGGACUAGAGAAGGAGCUGAUGCCAAUAUUUCCUCCCACCAAUCAGCAUGGACAGAUUUCACUCAGCAGCACAGCAUCCCCAGUGCAAGCUGAGACACUAACACCAAGCUCCACCUACUCCAGCCCCCAUCAAGUGCUUGCUUACUAG